GUGUUGCCAUCACAAUUUAUUUACUUAGAUGAUAUUAGUGAAUAAUCAGUUGGCGGCAGAGCCAUAAAAGCAAAUAAUUAUUACCGUUUACCACCAUAAAAGAUUCGAACUAUGACACUACCCUAAACCCUGGCCCAAUCUAAGUGAUGAAGACCAACUAACUUCCCACUUUUACAUCACAUUAGCUAGGUAGACCCUAGCUAUAGUUAACAACACCCAUCCUUCCUCUAUAUCUAUUAGCUGUAAAUCCAUCUCCAACAUACCCACCACACCACUCUCUUUUUCCUUUAAUUCAUUCAUCUCGUUACCUUCAACUUUGUACAAUACCAUAAUGCCAUCUAUUCAUUCUAGUCCAUGCUACCCAAUGGAAAAUCCAGCAUUAGCAUCACUCCUCCGCCACACAACAACAACGACAACAACAACGGAUCAAAAGCGCAACAAAUUCUCACUCUUAAAAAUGUUCAAACUUUUUCCAAUGUUAACAUCGGGUUGCAAAAUGGUGGCUUUAUUGGGAAGACCAAGAAAACCUAUGCUUAAAGACAGUGCGACAACGGGAACAAUAUUCGGUUACAGAAAAGGGAGGGUGAGUUUAGCAAUUCAAGAAGACACGCGUCAAAUGCCAAUUUUUCUAAUUGAGUUACCAAUGCUAACAAGCGCUUUGAACAAGGAAAUGGGUUCUGAUAUAGUGAGAAUAGCUUUGGAGAGUGAGACGAAAAGUAAUAAGAAGAAGUUGUUGGAAGAGUUUGUUUGGGCAGUUUAUUGUAAUGGAAGAAAAGUUGGAUACUCAAUUAGAAGGAAACAAAUGGGUGAUGAUGAACUUUAUGUUAUGCAACAUUUGAGAGGUGUGUCCAUGGGAGCUGGGGUGUUACCUACCACAUCUGAUCAUAAUAAAGAUACUUCUGAUGGUGAAAUGACUUAUAUGAGAGGUAGAUUUGAAAGAGUUGUUGGUUCUAAAGAUUCUGAAGCUUUUUAUAUGAUUAAUCCGGAUAAUAUUGCUGCUCAAGCUCCAGAGUUUAGUAUCUUUUUUGUUAGAUCUCAAUAAAAACUAUAUAAUAUUAUUAUUCAUCUCUAUCUACCCCUUAUAUAUAUAUUUUCAUUUCCAAUUCAUUUCCUAUACCUUGUUAUCAUUUAUGAUUGCUAAUUUAUUCCUCAUUCCAAAUUCAGAUUAAGCUAUACGAUAAAACUUAAACUCUAUGGACAAUUAGAGACAAGAUUACUUAACGUGUGGAUCCAAUAAUUUACCUUUACACUGUCGAUCAAUA